AACGCCCCUCGAACGGCUAAUUCAUCAGAUAUAGCCACGUGUCUAUUCCCUCCCGCGUCGUUCAUCAUCUAUCCGUUAACCCCCAUUCUCUCUCUUUCUCUGUUUCUCUCUCUUCCCAUUUCUGCAUUCCAUCCAUCCGUUACCCAAAAAAUAAAACAAAAAUCAAAAUAAAAAAAAAACAUUAAUUUGCCAAAAUUUACAUUCCCUGUAAUCCAUCCAAAAAUUUAUUCAAAAACAAAAAAAUAUGGGAAAGUUGAUUUGUGAUUCAACGACGUCAUCACCGGUAAUCCCAUGGAAAGACCCAACAACCGUCGCCGCCGUGGAUCUACCCAUAACCACCACCACCGCCGUCACCACCACCACAUGGGAUGACGUAUCAGGUCUAGAAGACCAACAAAAAAGACACCUUCAACGUCUCCACACCAAAGGCAUCCUAUGGAAACACCCACACAAUCAUAAAUCCGAUGACCCAUCAUCGGCGGUGGUGUUCAGGCUGAGCCACGGCGGAGAUGUCGAGGCAGACGGGAAUUGCUUGUUCACGGCGUCACAAAAGGCGAUGGGGUUGACGGAGAUAACCGCCAAAGAUCUACGGCGGCGGACGGUGAAAAGAUUCUUGGAAAGCAGGGGGGAGAAUGAUGAUAUAGAUAUAGAUAUAGAUAUAGCCAUAAAACAUAUGUAUGAUCCAGAUCUGAGAAAUGGAUGGGGGAUUCAUGUUGUUCAAGAAAUUAAAUUACUUGCCCACAAAGAUGACCGCCAAUCUUUAGAUUCUGCCAUCCAACAACUCGUUCAUCUUGGUAUGCAAAGAGAAUUGGCUGCAGAAUCUAUCUAUAGAGAGAGAUGUUUUGCGGUGGACAAUGGUGAGAACUGGGCAAAGUAUAUGUCGAUAUCGGGGUCCCCCGAUGAUGAGUAUGACAUCAUUACUUUGCAAUAUACGGAAGAAGGUUUGUUAACUGUUGAUGAGAACAUAGAAGGACAUGCUGCGGCUUUUGGAGACGAUAUCGCUAUUGAAUGUCUUGCUACCGAGUUUAAAAGAGAAAUCUACGUGGUGCAAGCACAUGGGUCAGAUGCUAUGGUUGAUGAAGAUAAUUGUGUGUUUUUUCUUCCACAUCGUCCAAGAAGUGAAAUUUGCGGACUGCCUUUUUUCCUUUUCAUGAAGGGAACAGGUUGGUGUGGAGCAGGGGCUGAUCACUAUGAGCCCCUCAUUGCCCAUUGUUCUCCAGUUGUAUCCCAGGAGAAAGUGGCGUUGGUGCUUUGAGUGAGCAUAUCUAUUAUUGGUUUUUGCAGUUUUGGGGGGUAGAGAUCUGAGUUAGAAAUAGUUAUAUUCUUUUUGGAAAUUUUCUGUGGAUGAAGACCAUUCAUUGAGUGGCGGCGCAGUCAUUUGUUUUUGUUUAGAAAAUUGAACCUUAUGGAAGUUUUGGUAAGUGUAGUGGUUUCAUUGCCGGAUCUUUUUGUUGUCUCAGUCGAUCAUUUUGAGAGAGGUUAUAGAAUUGUUGGUGGAGAGAGUUGUUCCGAGAGGGUUUAGCUUUUGUAUUGUCUCGGUACUAUUCUUUGUCUAAGCUAGGAAUUGUGCCGGUCUGUCGGCUGUAACCGAAAGCCAUUUUUCUUUGAAGUAGUAUUGAAUAGCAAAAUGGCUUCAGUUUCAACUGUAAUUGCAACUCCAUUCAUUCUGAUUGUCUUAACAAUCAUUUGUGGUU